UUCUGGGAGGGAUGAAUUGGCCUUGCGGCGAGGGCAGGGGCUGGGGGAGCCCCGUGGACACAGUCAGACACGAACAAAUUGUAAGGUCACCUUCAGACGACUCAACGACGUGCAGGUGAAUUCUGACAGCGCCUGAACACUCGGAAAUACGAUUCCUGAUUUUCGAGGGAGGAAUUAUCUCAUCGAGGUCGAGUCCUCAUCCCUUCGUCUUGGCAAUUACCCGAGAGUUCGACCAUGGCGGACCACACUUACAAGAGUAUCAUGGCUGAGGAGCAAGCUGCGACGAAAUUCAUCAAGCCCGGCAGCCACAAGGGCAAGGGGUUGGCUGUGUUCACCAGUGGUGGUGACUCCCAGGGUAUGAAUGCAGCAGUUCGUGCAGUUGUGAGAAUGGGAAUAUACCUAGGCUGCAAAGUAUUCUUCAUAAAAGAGGGUUACCAGGGAAUGGUGGAUGGUGGAGAGCACAUUGUCGAGGCGACCUGGUCCUCAGUGUCCUGCAUCAUCCACAGAGGAGGCACUGUGAUCGGUUCAGCCCGUUGCUCGGACUUCAGGGAACGCGAGGGCCGCAAGAAGGCAGCUAAGAACCUAGUCACCAGGGGAAUAUGCAAUCUGGUGGUGAUUGGAGGUGAUGGAUCUCUCACUGGAGCCAAUUUAUUCAAGGAGGAGUAUCUAAGUUUGCUUCAGGAUCUCGUUAAAGGAGGCGAUGUAACUGCUGAGCAAGCAGAGAAGUACAAGCACCUUCACAUCGUGGGCAUGGUGGGCUCAAUCGACAAUGACUUCUGUGGAACAGACAUGACAAUUGGUACAGACUCUGCUCUGCAUCGUAUCAUCGAGUCUAUCGAUGCAAUCGUCAGCACUGCCUACUCCCAUCAACGAACAUUCAUCAUGGAGGUCAUGGGUCGUCAUUGCGGCUACCUGGCACUAGUGGCAGCUAUGUGCUCCGAGGCUGACUUUGUCUUCAUCCCAGAGUGGCCACCCGAGGGAGACUGGCCCAACAAGCUCUGCAAAAAAUUAUUGCAGGAACGAUUGACUGGUCAACGUUUGAACAUCAUUAUUGUGGCUGAGGGUGCGGUGGACAGGAACGGCGACCCCAUAACUGCGGAGAAGGUCCACAAGGUCGUGGUGGAUAAGUUACAGCAGGACACGAGGAUCACGGUUUUGGGUCACGUCCAGAGGGGAGGAAAUCCCUCGGCCUUCGACAGAGUCCUGGGAUGUAGAAUGGGUGCUGAGGCAGUUAUGGCUCUGAUGGAGGCCACACCUGGUACUGAGGCGUGUGUGGUGACCCUCGACGGCAAUCAGGCUGUCAGGUUGCCACUCAUGGAGUGCGUGAGGCGUACGAAGGCUGUGGCUCAGGCGAUGGCCGAUAAAAACUGGGAUUUAGCUGUUCAACUUCGUGGAAAAGGGUUUGCACGUAAUUUGGAAACAUACAAGAUGCUGACACGUCUGAAGGCGCCAAUUGGAGCCCAAGAUGGAAAAGAGCACCACGGUCACAUUUUAUCCAAGCAAUACACAAUGUGUGGCCAAGAUCACUACACCCUGGCAGUGAUGCACGUGGGUUCCCCGUCCUGUGGAAUGAACGCAGCAGUUCGUUCAUUCGUGAGGAACUGCAUCUACCGAGGGGACAAGGUCUACGGAAUUUGUGACGGAGUGACAGGUCUUGCAGCAGGUCAACUAAAGCUGAUGGACUGGCCCUCAGUGACGGGCUGGGUGGCCCAGGGUGGUGCCUACCUGGGGACGAAACGAGCCCCCCCGAAGGAGGAUCAACUGCCCCAGAUUGCAGCUAAACUCAGGGAAUUCGGUAUUCAAGCCCUUCUAAUCAUCGGAGGCUUCGAGGGGUACCAGACCGGGCUGACGUUCACAGCAGCCAGGGAGAAGUACGAAGAGUUCAAGAUCCCGAUUGCUAUGAUCCCAGCGACCAUCAGCAACAAUGUCCCUGGCACUGAGUUCUCACUGGGUUGCGACACAGCCCUCAACGAAAUCACUGAAAUUUGCGACAGGAUUCGUCAGUCAGCGCAGGGAACGAAGAGACGAGUCUUCAUUAUUGAGACGAUGGGGGGAUAUUGCGGGUAUCUGGCGACCCUUGCUGGCCUCGCUGGUGGUGCUGAUGCUGCCUACAUCUUCGAGGAGAAAUUCAACAUCAAGGAUUUAAAUCAAGAUGUCAUCGCCAUGGCCGCAAAGAUGUCCGAGGGUGUCCAGCGAGGAUUAAUCCUCCGAAACGAGAACUGCAACUUAAACUACAACACUGACUUCAUGCAGAGAUUGUUCAGCGAGGAGGGAAAGGGUCUCUUCAGCUGCAGAUCCAACAUAAUCGGGCACAUGCAGCAGGGUGGCUCUCCCACCCCCUUCGACAGGAACUUGGGGACGAAAAUGGGGGCUAAAGCUGUCGAGUGGUUCAGCGAUCAACUGAAGAAGUGCACGACCCCAGAGGGGAAGACCCUGGCCACCACUCCUGACACCGCUGUCAUGCUGGGAAUCAUCAAGAGGCAGUACAGAUACACUCCCUUCUGCGAGCUCAACGACGUGACUGACUUCGAGCAUCGGAUCCCCACGUACCAGUGGUGGAUCAAGCUUCGUCCUCUGCUGAAGGUCCUCGCCAAGCACGAAUCCACGUACGAGGAGGAGGGACUCUACAUCACAGUCGAGGAAAUGGAACUCGAAGAUGAUCCUCUAGUUUAAAUUGAUAAAUUGUUGGGGGAGCGGUCAUUUGUGGUGAUUGUUGUGUCGGUUUAGUGCUCGUGUGACGCAGAGUAGGGGAACACGCACGAAGAAAUUUCAGUGAAAAACCUUGGGAGUUCGAUAGAAAAUUAUAUUGAAUUUCUAUUGAACUUCUAUUGAAGAA